CCUUAAUUAUAAAAGCCUAGCAGCCACGCCAAUUCUGGCUGGUCUCUCCAGGUCGCCGCACUCGCUCAUCGUAACGGCGCGUUGGUCUGAGCCAUCUUGCGUUAUUCUGCGGCAAACGGUUGUCGGCGGAGAUGACGGCACCGGCCGUGGCCGCGUCGGUGGUGCACGAGGUUCUGGGCUGGAGAGCCCAGGAGAUCGAUAAGCCCAUCAUCGACUAUAUAAUUAACGUCCUCGCCGACGAGGACUUUGACUUCGGCACCAACGGAGACGGAGCAUACGAGGCUAUCGGCGAGCUCCUUGUUGACUCCGGAUGCGUAGGGGACCCCUCUGAGGGACGCUCGGUCUGCAAUAAGCUGUCAGAGAAGUUUGGCAAACAUGGAUUGGCAAAACCUAAGCUGGCUGUGCGAAGCCUUGCUACACCUGUGCGAAUGUACGAAGGAAUGGAUGAAGAUGUAACUCCCAAAAAAGAAACAGAGGCUCUUGAAGGACCUAUACUUUCUGAGCGUGAUCGUGCAAAGAUAGAAAGAAGAAAGAGGAAAGAGGAGAGACAAAGAGAGGCCCAAUAUCAAAUGCAUUUGGCAGAGAUGGAAGCUAUUAAAGAAGGUAUGCCUGUUGUAUGUGUUAAUCAUGAUAGUGAAAGUGGGGCAGCUAUCAAGGAUAUUCAUAUGGAGAACUUCACUGUUUCUGUUGGUGGUCGUGAUCUCAUUAAAGAUUGUUCGGUGACCCUUUCAUUUGGAAGACACUAUGGUCUUGUUGGAAGAAAUGGUACUGGUAAAACUUCCUUCCUGAGGCAUAUGGCCUUGCAUGCAAUCGAGGGUAUCCCAAGGAACUGUCAAAUUCUACAUGUAGAACAAGAAGUUGUUGGUGAUGAUACCUCAGCAUUGCAGUGCGUUCUUAAUUCUGAUAUUGAGAGGAUUCAGCUGUUGGAAGAAGAAGCUAGUCUACUUGCCCAACAGAGGGAUUUUGAAUAUGAAGCAGAGAUGGGGACAAAAGAUGCGAAGCUCAUAGGGAAUGAUAAGGAUGCCAUUGGAAAAAGACUUGAGCAGAUAUAUAAAAGACUUGAAUACAUUGAUGCUUAUUCAGCAGAAUCUCGUGCAGCUUCAAUUCUAGCGGGCCUUAGCUUCACUACAGAAAUGCAGAAACGACCCACAAAAGCUUUUUCUGGUGGAUGGCGUAUGCGCAUAGCCCUCGCACGUGCCUUAUUUAUUGAGCCUGAUUUGCUAUUGCUUGAUGAACCUACGAACCAUCUGGACCUUCAUGCUGUAUUGUGGCUGGAGACGUACCUUACGAAAUGGCCAAAGACAUUUAUUGUAGUUUCUCAUGCCAGAGAGUUUUUAAAUACGGUAGUUACGGAUAUCCUCCAUUUGCAUGGGCAAACCUUGAUUACAUACAAAGGAGACUAUGACACAUUUGAGAGGACUAGGGAGGAGCAGAUCAAAAAUCAACAGAAGGCAUUUGAGACUAAUGAAAAGGCCAGGGCUCAUAUGCAGGCAUUUAUUGACAAGUUCCGUUAUAAUGCAAAGCGUGCAUCACUUGUGCAGUCCAGAAUUAAGGCAUUGGAUCGAAUGGGUCAUGUGGAUCAAGUCAUUAAUGACCCAGACUAUAAAUUUGAGUUCCCAACACCAGAUGAUCGACCUGGUCUACCAAUUAUAAGUUUCAGUGAUGCGUCAUUUAGUUAUCCAGGAGGACCUACCUUGUUCAAGAAUUUGAAUUUUGGCAUAGACCUGGACAGCCGCAUAGCAAUGGUUGGCCCAAAUGGCAUCGGCAAGUCAACUAUACUCAAACUAAUAGCUGGAGAACUUCAACCGACUUCUGGAACUGUUUUUCGUUCAGCGAAGGUUCGAAUGGCUGUGUUCAGUCAACAUCAUGUUGAUGGUCUUGAUUUAUCUUCAAAUCCUCUAUUGUAUAUGAUGCGCUGUUACCCUGGAGUACCUGAACAGAAACUAAGAGCGCACUUGGGUUCUUUUGGUGUCACUGGCAACCUUGCACUUCAACCGAUGUAUACUUUGUCAGGUGGUCAGAAGAGCAGAGUUGCAUUUGCAAAGAUCACCUUCAAGAAGCCACAUAUAAUUCUUCUAGAUGAGCCAUCAAACCAUCUUGAUCUAGAUGCAGUCGAGGCACUCAUUCAAGGCCUGGUUCUUUACCAAGGCGGGGUUUUAAUGGUGAGCCAUGAUGAACAUCUUAUCUCAGGAAGUGUGGGUGAGCUAUGGGUUGUUUCAGAGGGCAGGGUCACACCUUUUGCCGGCUCUUUCAGUGAUUAUAAGAAAAUGCUCAGGGCCUCGGGGCAUUAAAUUUCUGUAUAACCUCUAAAUAUUUCACUUGCACAUAGCACAUUAGAGGAAGUUCACUGAGCAAAAAUCCAUCCAUUACAUAGUUGAGGUGAUUUUCUGACACUUUUAUAGUGUUAAAAUAUGCAACCAUUUAUGAGGAUUAGAUGUUUAUGGCUUUAUCCGGGAUAGCUUUCUUAAUGUUUUAUAAA